CCAUAAUAGAAAAUGUUAUAGCUAAAGUGGAAGUAGAGGAAAUAAUAGAAGAUAUAAUGAAAGUACCAUUCUCUGUAUUAAUGGAUGGAAGCACAGACCAUACAGCACACAAGAGCAUGUGUGUCAUGGUGAAGUAUUUCUCCCCUAGAAUUAAAAAAUCCAUCAUAGCUUUGCUGGAGCUUGUACCAUUGGAUGCCAGGGACUGCUCUGCAGCCAAACAAUAUGAAGCACUCAUGAAAUGUUUUGAGGAUAAAGGGAUCCCGAAGAGAAACAUUGUUGGAUUAGGUGUUGACAACGAAAAUACAAUGACCGGGGAGCACAAUUCGGUGUGGUCGCGACUGCGUGCGGAUGUCCCCCAUGCCAUGCUUAUGGGAUGCAACUGUCACUCAGCAGCAAGCUCGGCCCAAGUUGCUUGCGGGAAAAUGCCACCUCACCUUGACGAGCUCAUUUCACGAGUAACCAACUACAUUGGAGGUAGUGCUAAGCGGCAGGCAGGCCUAGAGGAAUUCCAGGAGUAUUUUAAUGCAGAGAAGCAUAAACUACUGAAACUUUGCACAACCAGGUGGCUCUGCCGCCAUCAGUGUGUCGUGCGUAUGUUGGAGCAGUGGGACGUGCUGAUUCACUUUUUCACGGCCGCUUCAUUCGAUGAGGCCUCAUUGCCACAAAACAGAAAGAGACCUGCUACUGAGAUUAUGAAUGACUUAAAGAACCCAUUCAACAGGGCCUACUUCCUUUUCAUUGAGUACAGUUUGAACUUUUUCAAUCAGUUCAACGCCCUUUUCCAAUCAAAGAGCGUUAUGAUUCACAAGUUAAGGGACAAGUCAAUCGAACUCCUGAAGGAUGUGUGUCAAAAUUAUCUAAUGCCAGAGAAUGUGGAGCGCAUUCUGACAACAAAGAUAGAUGACCCCCGAGCAUACUUGCCUUUGGACGAGGUCUACAUGGGUCCUAAAUGUGAAAAGUUCAUGAAGGAACUUCCACAGUACAAAGAUGGCUUCAAGGUGGUGCGACAAAAAUGUCUUGAUUUCUAUGUAGCUGCAGCAAAGGACAUUGCAAGCAGAUUGCCACCCUUGAACGAUAUGCAAUUUCAUGAAAUGAAAUUUGUGGAUCCAAACGUUGCUUUGUCCAGCGCGUCUCGAAGAGAAAUACGAGACCUCGGGCUGCUAGUUGCAAGAUUCAAAGAUAUCUUACAGCUCGAUGAAGAAGCACUUGCUUUUGAGUGGCGUACAAUGCCCAACGCAAUCCCAGAAGCCGAGAAAAAGCGCCUCAUGGAAAUGCAGCCCGAUGAAGCUUGGGCCGAUAUCGGUGAAAUGAAGACUCUAUCGGACGAGCUACGGUUUCCACAGCUCUCCAAGCUUGCUCGCUGCGUGCUCUCCCUGCCCCACGCGAACAGCGACUGUGAAAGAGUAUUUGCAAUUGUCACUGAUGUGCGGUGCAAGAAAAGAAACAGGAUUGGUUCAGCUUGCAUGAAUGCUAUCUCUGUGUCUCGGUGCGCUUUCAAAGCCAAAGGAAUCGACUGCACAUGUUUUGAAGUCACCAAAAAACACUUGGAACUUCACAACCAAGAAAUGUAUCCUCACAUAUCUAAGUCUUAAUUCUAAGUCAUAAGUGCCAUGAUAAGUGCCAUGAUAAGUGCCAUUAUUAUUCAAACUUUAAGUUCCUUCUUUGAUGUUUAUAUUAUUUAUGAUUUGGGGAAUGACCCAAAAUUUGUGUUAUUUUGUUUAGGUUGCACUAUUUCAUUUGUUUUUAUGU